AUUUAGUGGGGGAGAAGAAAUAACUGAGAAGGCAAGAAGGGCAUUGCAGAAAAAACCCAUCUUGGUGUGAAGAUUUGGUGCUCCAAAACUGCCAAAGUGACGUGGGUUUGUGGGGUUGGAUCUUGGGAAAUUUGAGAGAUUCAUGUUUUCCAUGGAAUCCAUGGUCUCAAUCUGAUCACCACCAAAAGGAUGUCCCAGGCUGAUGUCUCUUACAGUUGCGGGUCUUGUGGGUACCCUCUGAAUUUAACAUCUUCCAAUCGUAUCACCUCUGGUAUAGGCUCUGAGUAUCGCAAAUCCAUAAAGAAAGGUCUCAUCUCUUUCCUUUCUGUUGAUCUCAGUCGAUUCACACAAGUUGACGAGGUACACUGUCUUCCUCUGCCUUGGGGGGGCCAUCGUUCAAAAACUAAACUCUUGUGCCGUAAAUGUGGAGUUCUUAUAGGCUAUGGAUAUGGAGACUCACCUGCUCUCUGUGGUUUUGACUUAGCUAACUCAUCUAACUCGGCUUGCGAAAAGUUUGUGAUAAAGAUCCGAGCUCUACAACCUUCAGAAGAGCGCUAACAAAAUUAAUAUGGAGGGUCCUUC